AUGUCUCGAUCAGUAGCAGAGAUCAUAACAGAUUUGUCAAGUUUUGAUCCAUCGACCGCUGAUAAAUCGCAACGCUUGUCACAUGAUUGUUAUAUGAUAUUGGUUGGCUAUCUUAAUAGUAAUGAUAAAUUGAAAAAGCUGAAAGACAUGAUCGAACAACGUGAAGGGUCAAACAAUCAGGAAACAACAGCUGCUGCAAGUAUAGGAGUUGUGGAAUGCGAAGAGGUUGAAACUAUUCUGCAACAUAUCACAUUAAAAUUUAACACUGAAGAAUUGACUGACACACGUCGGCAUCAUUUCGUUUACGAAGAUCAUUUCAAUACGGCUUUAUUCGAAUAUAUGGAAAAUAGUGCAUCCUUUGAAAAACUGAAGCGAAUAUGCCGUAAAUAUGAAGAAAACUCAAAAUUGAAUGUCGAUAAUGUGAUGAAGGAGCAUACGGAUCGUGCUAAUAAAACACACAGCUAUUUUGUUAACAAAGGCUUAUCAGAAGACGACGCUCUAGCAUCAGCAUUUGCUAUCGCAUUUUAUACAGGCUCAAGAAGUGAAGCAUGUAGUCGAGGCGCUAGCCUUGUUGCUCGCCGUGCCAAUGGUGUAGCUGUUGAACAAAGAACACAAGCAGAAAUGAAAGAGGCGUCGAUCAUUUUGUAUUAUUUAGUUAAAGGCCUUUCUAAUAUUACUUACCACUGGGGCUAUGUUACGCGGGCUUGCUCACUCAAAGAUAACGAACUGAAACUUUACACACCUGGUGCUUUAGUCACAUGGCUCCAGUUUAGUAGUUCGAAAAGAGGUAAAGACGUUGCUAAAGGUGGUGGUUUCGAAAAUCGUAACACCCAAUUCAAAAUUUAUUCGCUUACUGGGAGACGUAUUCAACACUUCUCCAAUUAUGAUCAUGAAGAUGAGGUAUUAUUCUUACCUCAUUCAACAUUUCUUGUCUUUAAACAUGUGACUAGCUUUCAUGGGGCGCAACACACGAUCUAUAUGCGACAAGUUGAGUUAGGCAUGUCAACAUGGUCGGUACUUUGGGUUGACGAUCGCAUUUUCGUUGAAGAUUGGGAAAAUAAGGCUCAUAUGGAAUAUGCAGCCUCAAAGGCGCUAAAUAUGAAUGUGCACUUUAUUCCAAAAUCAAGGACUGAUUAUGCAAUUUCAUUUCUUCAAUCCCCAUUUGGACAGCAUCUUAAAAGCAAAGACACGUUUCGCAUUGUAACUGAUAUGAAUCGUGAAAAUGAACAACCGGUACAUAAUGCAGGGGCACGUUUAAUCAAACAGUUAAGACAACUUGGGUUUCAAACUCAAUGUAUGGUAUUCACAAGUAGUAAGCGGAAAGGAGACGAAAUUAUGAAACAGGAACUGAGCGAUCAGGAACUAAAAAAUGUAAUUGUGACAACAAGUACUAGUGAUUUGAGACGUUUCGUUAAUUUCCAGUAA